AUGGCAGGCAACGAGCCCACACUAUCGUCUCGCGCGAACCAGUACGUUCGUGAGGUUCUGCACAACACCGAAGCCCCGCCCACGAUCCCCGUCCGCUACUUCUACACGUCGCCGCUCGCUAUAGACGACCCGCUGUCUCCGCUCCCGCCGCCGCCCACGGGCACGUCGACUGCGAAGAGAGUGCCACCGCGGCCCUUCUCCGAAUACGACAACGAAGCCAUCCAGGAGUCGUGGCUGGAGCUGCGGAAGAAGAUCUUGAAGCACACCGAGGAGUUUGGGGAGAAAGAUGCGACGGGACGCGGUACGCCGACCAACCCGGCGGUGGAGCGGCUGAAGAGGAAGAGAGGCGCUAGUGCCUCGAGCGAGGAAGGCUCGAUCCAGGGACGAGACAUUCCGUCUGGGCGGUCAUCGAGCAGAGGGCAGUACUCGAGGUCUGCCGAGCUGGUGGACAAGAAGACACCCGGCUCCGGUGGUGGCAGCUACGGCCAGUCCAUGUCUGGCUCGCUGAAGGCCUACGACCCCGGCCCAAUAUCGCCCCUCGAGCCUGCGACGACCGGCACCCCGUUCAUCCGAGCCCCAUCGAGAGGGAAUCUGGCCAAGUCGUGGAAGCCUGCGCCUAUGGAGGGAGGCCAUCGGCCGACUAUACACGAAGUGGACAGCUACAAGUGGGAUGACGACAUGGAACCUGCUCUGUCGACGGCCAAAGACAAGGCGCCCGCGCGAAAAUCCUCCAAGCCGAAACCGGGGCCAUCCGCGAAGGUGCCCGUGGGAGUCUCAAGACUGCAUCACGUAGUCAUGGACACAGAGUCAAUACGGAUGGAGCCUAUAUACUGGUCGCCGCUCAGCGACGUCGCCCAGAUAGUGCGAGGAACGUGGUUCUACAAAGACAGCAUGAUGCCUGUCGAGGUGGAAGUCGCCAACAUGCUCGAAGCUGGGUACAUCGAACUGAGACCUUGGACGCAGACAUGGACGGACGAGCUCAACAGUGCUGUCGAAGUCGGUGCAUUUGGUGAGAUGAAGAUACUACACCACCUUUGGCCCGAGCGGCCGAAGAGAGCAGAGAGCAGGCCGUCGACUUCGCAGCAGAUGAUGCAAACAGCAGGUCUCGUUCAGAGUACCCUCCCUGAAGAGGACGAUGACCCGGAGAAGGAGCGCAAAGAAACCGUAGAGAAUGCCUGCGACUUGAUCGAUAUCUCCACAGGUCCAGAGGGGCCAGACCACAAAGCAGCGGGAGAUCUGGAAUACGGUGCCGACGGAAGGAAGCGCCUGUACCUGAAAGCGGGUGUGAUAUACUCUAACGACAAGGAAGCCUUCAUCCUCAAGCCAGCACUCCAACCAUCAGACUACUACGGGCGGCGACCACUAGCGAACUACAUCCGCAAGGGCAGAGCGAUCGGCGUGCACGUAGUGCGCGGCUUCGACCAGGCCGUCUGGGACAAGCUACACCCGAACAAGAAUUCGCCAAAGGCACAAGCAGCACGCGAAGGUGUCUCGUCAUCGCAAGGUGGCGCGCCACAGUAUCGAAGGCAGAAGUCGGACCCUGACCUCGCACAGUCAGAACGACCGAAGGUGUCAGACCUGGUGUUGGUCAUACAUGGUAUUGGGCAAAAGCUGUCAGAACGAAUGGAGACGUUUCAUUUCACGCACGCGAUGAACGCCUUUCGAAGAGAGAUGAACGUCGAGCUUGGGACUCCGGAUGUCAAGCGGCAUCUACGGAAGGAUAUGGGGGGUGUCAUGUGUCUGCCAGUCAACUGGCGACACCGCGUAUCUCUCGACGUCGAUAACACCGAGGCUCCCGAGCUUGAAGACCCAUCUGCGAACAAAUACACACUCAAAGACAUCACACCCGAUACGCUCCCCUCGGUACGUGGCAUUGUUAGCGAUGUCAUGCUCGACAUCCCAUACUACCUCUCGCCGAUGCACAACCCCAAGAUGAUAUCAGCUUGCAUAACAGAAGCGAACCGCAUCUACCGUCUGUGGUGCCAGAACAACCCUGGGUUCGCAGAGUACGGCCGUGUGCACUUGAUCGCCCACUCGCUCGGCUCGGUGAUGGCCAUCGACAUCCUCAGCCAACAGCCAACCUAUGUCGAUCCGCAAUACACCGACCCAUCCUUCCCCGAAGCCGACCUACCCCAAGACCAAUUCAUCUUCAACACAACCGAUCUCUUCGUCUGCGGCAGCCCCGUCGGCCUCUUCCUCCUCAUGAAGAACGCAAACCUACUCCCUCGUCGCGACAAAGAGAAACCCGGCGCCGACUCCUACGCGGCCCCCGGUAUCGCCGGCGAGCAAGGCACAUAUGGCUGCCUGGCUGUCGACAACAUCUACAACAUCAUCAACCCCUACGACCCCGUCGCCUGCCGCAUAAACCCCACCGUCGACGUCGUCUACGCCUCAAUGCUCAAACAAACCACCAUCCCCUCCGCCUCAACCUCCUACUUCGCCUCGCUUAACCCCUUCCGCUCGUCCACCUCCUCCGCCAACAACGCCGCAAACGACAGACCCACCACUAUCCGUCUACCCAGCAACGUCGAGCUUGAAACGCACAAUUUCACGCGCGAGGAGAUUGCGGAGAAGAGAGCGUAUCUGCUUAACGAUAAUGGUCAGAUCGACUACUACAUGAAGUACGGUGGUGGGCCGCUGGAGAUACAGUAUUUGACUAUGCUGGGUGCACAUAGCAGUUAUUGGCUUAGUAAGGAUUUUGUUAGGAUGAUUGUUGUUGAGGUGGGGAGGGGGCUGGGGAAGGAGGGCACGGUUAGGGAGAUGAGGGCCGUGAAGAAGAAGAUUGCUGUUGGGGGUGCGACGUAA